AGGCCAAAUACUCAGUGGCUGCCAAAUACUCAUUUUCGAGAGGGUGAGGUCUCUUAGGGAAUGCAGAGAGAUGAGAAGAACUUCGCUGUCUAACCCUGACCCGGGAGGGAGGUCCAAAAAAUCCGCCGGCGACCGGAAUUGCCACCGGAAACACGUCGAAGACGGGUGAACAUCAGCCCACCACCACCACAGCUGUAAAUCUCCCCCAUUUUUAGCCCUUUUUGUUGUGUUUGUUUUUUUUCAAGAAUUAGUUAUCAGUAUUAAAAAAUGGCGGAUAAGAGUGAAAAGUAUCAAGGCCAGAGUCUGCUCCAUGGAAAGUACGAGCUCGGAAGGCUAUUAGGUCAUGGCACGUUCGCCAAGGUGUACCAUGCCCGGAAUUUACAGUCCGGCAAGAACGUGGCGAUGAAAGUAGUCGGAAAGGAGAAGGUGAUUAAGGUCGGGAUGACGGAGCAAGUGAAGCGUGAGAUUUCGGUAAUGAAGAUGGUGAAACAUCCUAACAUAGUGGAGCUCCACGAGGUCAUGGCGAGCAAGUCCAGGAUCUACUUCGCGAUGGAGUUCGUACGCGGCGGCGAAUUGUUCGCCAAGAUCGCCAAGGGACGUCUCCGGGAGGAGGUGGCCAGAAAUUACUUCCAGCAGCUGAUCUCCGCCGUCGAUUUCUGUCACAGCCGCGGCGUCUACCACCGUGACCUCAAGCCGGAGAACCUAUUGUUAGACGACGAAGGAAAUCUGAAAGUGACGGACUUCGGACUCAGCGCCUUCGCGGAGCACCUGAAGCAGGACGGACUUCUGCACACCACGUGCGGAACGCCGGCAUACGUGGCGCCGGAGGUGAUCGGAAAGAAAGGAUACGACGGAGCGAAGGCGGAUAUCUGGUCCUGCGGCGUCAUUCUCUAUGUCCUUCUAGCUGGAUUUUUACCGUUUCAAGACGAUAACAUUGUAUCGAUGUAUCGGAAGAUCUACAAAGGAGAUUUCAAGUGUCCGCCGUGGUUUUCGUCGGAAUCACGGAGAUUAAUCACGAAAUUGUUAGAUCCAAAUCCAAAUACUCGGAUUUCGAUUGCGAAAAUCAUGGGUUCAUCCUGGUUCAAGAAGUCAAUUCCGAAAUCUGUGAUAUCAAAAGAAGAGCAAGAAUUCGAAGGCGACGUUGGGAAGGGGAAGGAAAUAGAGACUCUGAACGCGUUUCAUAUCAUUUCUUUAUCGGAGGGGUUCGAUUUGUCGCCGUUGUUUGAGGAGAAGAAGAGGGAAGAGAAGAAAGAGCUGAGAUUCGCGACGACGAGGUCGGCGAGCAGCGUGAUAUCGACACUGGAGGAGGUGGCGAAGACGAUGAAGUUCAGCGUCAAGAAGAGCGACUCCAGCGUGAGGUUGCAGGGGCAACACAUCGGCCGGAAGGGGAAGUUGGCGAUCGCGGCGGAGAUAUUCGCCGUGACGCCGUCGUUCCUGGUGGUGGAGGUGAAUAAGUCUAGCGGUGACACACUGGAAUACAAUCAGUUCUGCAGCAAGGAGCUGAGACCGGCACUCAAGGACAUCGUGUGGACGUCGCCCACCGGAGCUUGAUCAAUUUGGGUAAUUGGUGGUCGUAAAAUGAAGAUUGUUGUCUGUUUAAAAGAAUUGUUGUUGUUAAUUAAUUUGGAUAUUAUUGAAAUCGAGGCUAAUUGAAGUCCCAGCUUUGCUUAAGUUUUAGAUGAAUUGAAUCUGUUCUUGUGAUUA